ACGGAAAAUAAAACGAUCGACGCUAGUUUUGCGCCUUGCGGAAUUCAAUCAAUUUUUGAACAAGAGGAAGAAAGGUUUGUGUGAGAUUCAUCGUGCGAAAUUGGUGACAAUUUAAAAAAAAAAUUAAAAUUAACCAGGAGUUUGAAAAUUGCAACUAUCAUCAAAUCUCGGUGGACCUAACCUUCAAAUAAAUCAAGAUUUUUCAACCCAAAUCUCCCAAUAUUGCUUAAAACAUUUCCAAAUAGGAUCUACAGGUUGCCGAACAGCUGCACCAGGUGCAGAACACGCCAAAGAACAUUGCCAAAUUCCAACAUCUAGAAAAGUCGGAAGCCCACAGCCAUGAAUAAGGACAUUUACUAUUCUGACAAAUACUACGAUGAGAAAUUCGAAUACAGACAUGUUGUGCUGCCAAAGGAGCUUUCUAAAUUGGUGCCAAAAACACAUUUGAUGACUGAGGCGGAGUGGAGAUCGAUUGGAGUCCAACAGUCGCGCGGCUGGAUUCACUACAUGAUACAUAAACCUGAACCGCACAUUUUACUCUUCCGUCGUCCGAUACAGCAGUAGGCAUGCAUCCGAAUUAUCAAUUCAGCAGGACUAGAAACCACCACCACUUUUUGCUAGUUGUUAAGAUCUUAGGUGCUCGCAACAAAGCUAAAGUUUUGCUAGAACAAACGUUGCUCAUCAAAAA